GGAAGGAGUGUUUUUUGCGGUGUUUGGGCGCAUGCGACACACGCAAGGCGCACACGAGUGACCAGUUCGGCGUGUGAAGCUCUUACUCCGUCAGAUCUGCCACAGACAGGUGAGCGGCCAAUCCGUACGUGUGUGUGCGGGAGAGGGGGAGCCGGCGAGACACACACAGACGGUGUGUCCCUGUCUGUCCGUCUGUGUGUGAUGUGUGUAGGUAACUACUGCGAGUCACUGGUGCGAGAGAUGGCCGACGAGUCAUCGCUCCUGUCGCCGGGAGGCGGGCCGCUGCCGGACGAGUCACAGCUCAUCGGACAGAUUCUUCUACAGGUGAGUGAAUGAGGGGACAGGGGGAGGGAGAAAGGUCGAAAGGGAGGGAGAGUUCGGAGGAUGUUGUGAUGCACGUGCCUUCACGACUGCAGGACGAGGGCGAUGACCGUCACGAUGACGCAACGUUCGGGCCGCUCGAGCCAGCUGUCGAAACUGGUACACACAUGGGGAUUUGGCUGUUUCCAUGGACUGGAUGGAUGUCCUCGUACGUCGUGCGUGUGUGUGUGUGAUUGCAGCCGAUGAGCACCAGGACGACAGCGACACGCUGGGGAUGGAGGGGCCAUCCCACCACUGGGUGCAGCAGGCCGCACUCGGGAGAUCCACCAGUGCGCCGCCUAGCGUGCUGGAACAGGUGAACAUACACACACACGCACACGCAUCCAAUCAACACACCUGUGUGUGUGUGUGUGUGUUUGUGUGUGUGUGUGUGUGUGUGCAGGAGGUGUUCCGUGAGGAGGCCAAGAGUCUGAAGCUGCAGGACAUCGACUGGGGGCGGCCCAUCGGGUCGCCGCACACACACGGCACACAAGGUAGGUAAUCCACAGUGGAUCGAUCAUGCACAUCAAAACGUGGUGACAUCAACAUGGAUGCGUGUGUGCGUGUGCACCAGCAGGCCGUGAUUUGUCGUUCUACACGAGCGGCCAGGAGGGAGAGGGCGACAGAGCCAAGAAGGUGUGUUCGUCCCAUCCGUCCAUCCGUCCAUCCCACACACGUCAUGUGUCUGUCUGUCUGUCUGUGUGUUUGUGUGUCUGUGUGCAGUUGAGUACCGAGAGCUCCUCUACAGGUGAAGGACGUAAGCAAGUACCAGGUCUUUCUGCCGUAGCUGGCCUUCUGUGUGUGCGCCCACGCAUCCAUGUUCAUGUGUGUAUGUGUGUAUGUGUGUGUGUGUGCAGGUUCGCCCCCUCCCCCUCUGCUGUCGGCCGACUCGACCAACCAGCUCUCGUCCCCGACACCUCACACACCACAGCAGCACCAGAAACGAGUGGUACGGCUGGCUGGCUGGAUGGAUGGAUGAAUGGACACACGCGCACACACAUAGAUGAGAUGAACGAAUCUAUGUUGUAUGUGUAUCUGAUGUAGAGUUUUGACGGCGACCCGUUCCCCGCUGCGGCAGGGGCUGCCGGCCAGCCAGGAGCCGAGAAGUCGCCACAGAUGGAGCAGACUGGACCUAGUGUCGUUUUCCCAAGGUGCGCUGUGCACUGUCGUGGCAAGUGUACUGUGUCUAUGAGAGGUCCAUCUCUGUGUGUGUCUGCGUCUCUGUGUGUGUGUGUUUGCCUGCAGGACGCCAUCGCCCGUUUACAACUACGAGCAGACCAGGUUAGGCACACACAUACACCCUGGUUCGGCCAUCUCCACCUUGUGUGUCUUGGUCUUUCUGCCCAUCCAUCAGCCGGAUUCUGUUCGGUGCCAACCGGGACCAGCAGAAGAACCCUGUCUUCGACCCUAUCACCGAGGAGUCCAAGCAGCAGCAGCAGCAGCAGCAGCAACACCCACAGCAGCAGCAGCAGCAGCCGCCGCCACAGCCGCCUCAACAACCACCCCCCCCGCAGCAGCAGCAGGCCAAGGACCCAAUCGCUCUGCACCCCUUCAUGAACGUGCCCAUGAACUACGGGAUGAUGAUGUGCGUCACGCAAAGCCACGCCAUUUCAACCCUGAAAUAGAACCAAACACACACCGCCAUCCCUCUCCUCUGUGUGUGCAGGAUGCCCACGAUGCCGGGUAUGAUGGGCAUGGGCCAGCAGCAGCAGAUCCCAUCGGCAGAGGGCGGCGGGGCUGCCAGUGACGACAUGGCCACCGUCAGCCACACCACACCGGAGGUCUCAGAGGUACGCACACCACACACACUGCGUGGUCACACGAAGGCCUCCGUUUGUGGCUGUGUGUGUAUGUGUGUGUGCGUGUGUGUCGCUGUCAGGGUGACGGUGUGGGCGGGCCGCUGUCGACCUCCAACCUCAGCACCAUAUCGGGCCAAGGGGUAGCAACCAACACACCAAACCAAACCAUCCACACACACAUGGGUGGUGCUUGUGUGUCAAUGUGCUCACUCAGAGCAAGACUGCCCCGAUUGGUCCGCCGUCGGCGGGCACCACCGCCCAGCAGCAAAACCAGCAGCAGCAGGCCAUGAGUUUCUACAACCCCCUCAUCCCGCCCUUCUAUAACAUGAUGGGUGAGUUGCCAUCUUCACCUGUAAACACAACACACGGCACACGGCACACGGCUUGUGGGCAUGGCUGGCUGCUCUCACUCACACAGUGGGCCAGGCUGCAUGCCUCAUGCAGCAGCCCCACUUUGGUGCGUGCGUGCGCGCGUGUGUGUGUGGAUCCAUCCAUCCAUCCAUAUGUUGUGGACGUGUGUGUGUCGUGUGUGCAGGCAUGGCUGGGUCAGGGAAGGCCCCUGGCAGCUACGCACCCGAGGACCCCUCUGCGGCCGGCAGCGCUGCUGCUGUUGGUGGUGGUGUGGGUGGCGGUGGUGGUCAGCAGCAGCAGCAGCCUUCAGCGAAUUUCCCCAACUUCCCAGCAGCGAUGAUGUCGUUCCCCAUGACGACGAUGCCCUUCCCCAACAUGAUGGUGCACCCUGGCAUGGCCGCCAACAUGAACAUGGGCGGCAUGAACGUGGGAUUCCCCAUGCAGCCCAUCAACCUCAACGGUCCGCUGGAGGGACACACAGAGAGACAACGGGAGAGGGAGAGAGGGAGUGUGUGUGUGUGUGUGUGAUGGUGUGUGCGAUCUGCAGAUCCGUCGUCGCUCAACACGCACCAGAAGUCGGUGCAGGACACUCUGGCGCUCUUCUCGCAGUGGGCCGCCAACAACCCUUCCACCUCACCGGACCAACUCAAGAGCGUCUCAACCAUACAAACCGUAUAGACGCUGCUGGUCCACACACACACACCAUCUCUCUCUCUCUCUCUCUCUCCUUUGCAGGCCCUGAUGCAGCAGCUGCAGAGCUGCCAGGCCAUGAUGAUGCAGGGUGGGGCAGCAGCAGCAGGCGCCCCCGGGCAGCAGUCGCAGCAGCACACGCCAACAGCAGCCUCCCUCCCAAGUGCCGCGAGUGGUGAUGCUGUGGGCGUGGGUGUGGGUGUGCCCAUGGCCACAGUGCAGCAGCCAGGAGGAGUAGGGGGGCUCGGUGUCGGCGGGGUGUCUGAGCACCAACAUCCGCCCCCCGCUGCAGGAGGGUCAGACGCCAACCAGCACUUGGGCGUGUUGGGCAAGGCGCCUGCACAGCCGACAUUCGGUCUGGGUGGGCUUACCAUGGCUGCCGGGGCCACUGCUGGUAGAUAGAUGCAUGUGUGUGUGGCUGAAAGCGUCUUUUGUAGGUGUGGGUAUCUUGACGGUGCUCUGUGUGUGUGUGUGUGUGUGUGCAGAGGGCAACCUGUCGCCGAGCACCGACAAGCGGGGCAAGAGAAGGGAGAAGGAGAAGCAGACGGGCCAGGACAGGCGCCACAACCCCAAUGCGCCUCAGCCACACCACACACAAGGCGGAAUGGGUAAGUGAGGCUGUGGGCGGAUACACACACAUCACACGUGUGUGUGUGUGGUGCAGGUCUGGCGCAGCAGCAGGGGCGUGGCGGCCAGGGGGCACACAGAGGCGGCGGGCAGCAGCAAGGCAGAGAUGGGGUACGUGUGUGCGUGUGACACACACAUCCGAUUAACUACUCACAUGUCAUUCAUUCAUCAACGUGUACUCGUAUGUGUGUCUCUGUCUGGUGUGUGCAGGACUCCACGUCGCUCGCCCCUCUGCCGGAGGGCUGCACGCCACUACUAGAGGAGUUCAGGUACCCUAGACAGACAGACAGAUAGACACACGCAGCCGUGAUACACUCGCCAAUGUACCCCCACACACACACGUCUGUGUCUGUUUCUGUCUCUGUGUGUGUGUGUGUGUGUGUGUAAAGGCGGGGCAAGAGAAAGUUCGAGCUGACGGACAUCCUGCCCAACAUCGUAGGCACAAAUGGAUGGAUGGAGGGAUGGAUGGACGCCACACCCCUCCCCCUACACCCACACCAACACCAACAUGUGUGGGUGUGUGUGUGUGUCUGCAAUAAACACAGGUUGAGUUUGCGCAGGACCAGUUCGGCAGCCGAUUCAUCCAGCAGAAACUCGAGGUACCUUGCCACCAAAACCCCCUCCCAGCCCCCCCCCACACACGCACCUCUGUGUGCGUCUGUCUGUGUGCCUGUGUGUGCAGACUGUUGGGGAUGAGGAGAAGCAGGCCGUCUUCCUUCACAUCCUUCCUGAGGCAGGGGCAAGCAAAGCAUAAGCAGCAUGCCACUCACGCACACACACUACACACACUACACACAACACGCCCCCCCCAAAGAAGGAACUGCAACACAUGUGUGUGUGUCUCUCUGUAUCUGUGUCUGUUAAGGCGUCUAAGCUCACUACUGACGUGUUUGGCAACUACGUCAUCCAAAAGUUCUUCGAACACGGUACAACAGACCCACACAUGCAUCCAGAAUAUGCGUGAGUGUGUGUGUGUGUUGUGCAGGCUCCAACGAGCAGAAGCGCAUCCUGGCUGAGCAGCUGGUGGGGGAGGUCCUCAGGCUGUCCCUCCAGAUGUACGGCUGCCGCGUCAUCCAAAAGGCGCUUGAGGUCCGCACACACACACACACACACCACAUGCACCUACCCACUGUGUGUGUCCUUUGUGUGUGGCGUGUUGUUGUGCAGUCGAUAUCGGUGGACCAACAGGUGCUGCUGGUGGGCGAGCUCAAGAACCACGUCAUCAAAUGCGUCGAAGACCAAAAUGGUACACACACGCAUACACACACGGAUGGAUGGGUGACUCGUUCGUUUGCCAAUUGGUUGAUGCAGGCAACCACGUGAUUCAGAAGUGCAUUGAGAAGAUGCCCCAGGACAAGAUACAGUUCGUCAUCGACGCUUUCAGGGGACAGGUACACACACAUACAAACACACGAGCUGUAUAUGUGUCUCUCACUCUCUCUCUCUCUCCCUCUCUCUCUGUGUGUGUGGCCGGCCCUUGAUUCGUUUGAACAGAUUCAGCGCAUGUCUGUGCACUGCUACGGCUGCCGAGUGAUACAGAGACUUCUCGAAUACUGCAGCCACACACAAAUCGUAAGUAACCAUAUCCCGACACACACACACAUACCCACACACAGACACGUGUCCUUGCUGUGUGUGCAGGCGUGUCUGCUGGACGAGAUAUCGCGGUACAUCCCGUCGCUUGCCCAGGACCAGUACGGCAACUAUGUGGUGCAGCAUGUUCUGGAGUUCGGACGGCCGCCGGACAAAGAGUGAGUCGGGCACACACACACACAGACACACACACACACAUCGGUGGGCAUCCUUCUGAUGUCUGAGUGCGUGUGUGUGUGUGUAAUCGGACAACCAGUGCGGUGAUCACGCUGAUCAAGAACAACAUCAAGCAGUACAGCACACACAAAUUCGCCAGGUGAGUGCCUUGCCUGUGUGGGCCACAUACACACACACACGUAUGGCUGCAAUGGGCAAAUGCAUGUGUGUGUGGCAGCAACGUGGUUGAGAAGUCCAUCCAGUUCGUGACGCCCGAGCAGCGCAAAGACCUCAUCAGCGCCGCACUGGGCGACCCCGCUGACCCGUACGUCUCCACACACACACACUCGUCGUCUUGCUGACGUACACAAUAUAUAUCUCCCAUGUGUGUGUGUGUGUUUGACAGGAAUCCGCCCAUAUUGACGAUGAUGCGUGACCGCUACGCCAACUAUGUCGUCCAGAGAAUGCUCGAAACUGCCGAGGGUGAGAGGGGAUGCGCCAAUGGGCGUGUGGUGUGGUGUGCAUCGGUCUGUAUCCAUGGACACCAUUUGCGCGUGUGUGUGUGUGUAUUCAGGUCACCAGAAGGACAUGUUGGUGGUGCGUUUGUCCGAGCAGCUGCACACCCUGAAGAAAUUCACAUACGGUACACACACACACACAUUCCACCUCUCCCCCUCUCCCUCCCCCGACCCGACCAACCUAUCCACAACACACCCAUCCAUCCAUCCGUUCCGUUCAUUUGUGUGUGUGGCCAUCCAUCAUGGGUGUGUGUAGGCAAGCACAUAGUCACGGCGCUCGAGCGCAUCAACAGACAGCGAGCGGGACUCGACGACUCCUCACUCGGCGGAAUGGGUGCCUACACAAAGCACAGACACACCCAACCACAAUCAAUGGGUCCACCCGUGUAUGUCAACGGAUGUGGAUGGAUGGAUCAGAUUCGUUGACCCCCCGCCACGGUUCGACGCCCACCAACCUGUCGGCACACGCUACACCCACCAGCAUGCAGGGCGGCGCACAGGUACAUGAAUGAUGUCGAUCAGAUGAUGGAUGCCACACACGCGUCAUCCAUCCAUCCAUCCAUCAUCCAUUGUCUGUCUGCCUGUAUUGAUGCAGCCAAAUCCGAUGGCGAUCGGCACGACGCCCCCGCUGUCUCUGUUCGGCAAACCGCCGCAGACACACACUGCUGGUACGCAUCCUUGGGUGGCUGGAUGGGUGGACAGACACACGUACACUGUACACUGUGCGGCUACCGAUGGAUGAGUGCAGGUGGUGCGUGGGGUGCGGCUGACGGUUUUGCGCCUUCGCCACACAGCAUGGGCAGGGGCACAGGUCAGGAAGGACUAUACUCAUACAUACGCACACAAUGCCUAAUGCCUGUGUGGAAAGGUAUGUGUGUACGUCUGUCUGUCUCGGACUGCCUUCAUCCAGCGAGCAUGUGGGACCCCUCUCUGACACGCCCACCACUCAUCAUGAACCUGCCACCAGGUCACCUACACACACGCUCUGACCCCUGCCCCCACCUCACACACAGAUCAUCGCAAUAUAUGUGUAAAGAUGUAGCGAUGUGUAUGGUGUGGUGUGUUGUGUUGUGUUGUGAUUGUGUGCAGAUCCGUCGCCGGUGCCGGGCGGCCAGCCGGCCCCCCAGCCGCCGCCCACAGAGGACCAGUCGGGGCACUUUUUCAUGAACGGCAGACAGCCGGGAGGAUUCAACUACUUCGCCAUGGGCAGGCAGUACUGACUGACUGACUGCUCGACUCGACUGACCGACCCAUCCCAUCAACCCAGACACACUUCCAUACGCUGCUUCCGUACACAUCUGUGCGCCUGCAUGUAUGUAUUGUAUCCGUCGGUAUUUGUGUGUUGAGUGGCUUGGCCGUGGGUGAGUGGGUGGGUGGGUGGGUGGCUUGCCUGUGAGAGUGGUGUGUGUCCUUUACAUGCGGUGUGUGCAUCGAUCCUCAUCCUAUCGCAGUGUGUAUGUGUGUGUAUUGCCCGGCUGAUGGAUGGAUGGAUGUCCGUGUGGACACGUGUGUGUGUGUGUGUGCCUAUGUGUGUGUGAUGAUCUUUUUCUUCUCUCUCUCUCUCUCUCUGAGUGUGUGUGUGUGUGUGUGUAUGUGGCUCCCCUCUAUAUAUCCCCCUCACGUGUGUACGUAUGUGUGUCGGCCAGGCCACCGUAAAGGCCGGCACGCACUGAGCGAGUGAGCGAACGAGUCUGUGAGUGCCAAAAGAAAGAGCAGUACAGAUCAGAUCAGAGCAGAUCGAUACAUCAUAAGUCGAGCCAGUCUAUCAUCAGUCGCCUACCUGCCGUAACUGUCUAUGAGGAUACAAUAUGGACACACCACACACACAGACAGACAGACAGAGAGACACGCCAGCACGAAGGCAGACAGACAGGCGGACAGAUUGGCUGUCCAUAUGAGAAUAUGUCAAUAUGUCGCUAAAUAUGUCGCUAUGCACAUAUUCUUCUUUGUAUCUCUCGUCGUGUUUCGUUCCUGUGUGCGUGAGUGCGCACACGCGUACAACGGAUGCCUCAAUCCAUGCACAGUCGACCACCAAUGGAGGGCCACACACGCAGCGAUCCAUCCCCC